CUUAAGGUGACCCUCCAAUAUUUGUUUCCCAAGUUAUAAAUUAACAACACAAGAAUGGUCCUGCAAUUCAUUCUCAUGAACUAAUGGGGUCUGAAUAAAUUCAGUCUGGUCAGGAGACUGCUUGUGUUCUGAGACUGUCUUCAUCCUUCUUUGAGCAAGUUAUACUGUAGAUACAGUAUUGGAAUUUUUGCUAUUACGUAUUCCAAUCUGGAAAGAUCUACAAAACCUUCUGCAGUUAAAUAACAAUAUUAUAAUAAAUCUUAGUCGUUAUUUACUGACUGAUACUAGUGUGAGGAUAUGUGAAUGGAUAUGUGAAUGCGUCUGUAGCUAUACCACUAUUAAAUAUCCAGUGUGGAAAGUUACACCUAUAGUAACAGUAUAUCUGGAUUCUUAAUAGUAAGCUGUUGUCUCCUUUGAAAGGAAGGUUGCGCAUCAUUUAGUCCUUCAGUUGUUGGUGGACUGCAACUCUUAUCUUCUCUCAUGAUUAGCUGUGCAAGUUACAGCUGAUGGGAAUUGAGUCACACAACAUCUGGAAGGCUACAAGUUGCAAACCCCUGCUUCAGAGCUGUACACAGUUUAAGACUCAAGUACUUGAAGGAACAGCUGCUUCCAUGUGGUUAUCUUUGCAGACUGUCCUCCAGAUCACCAUAAGUAAGGAAAAAAAGCAAGAGCCAUGAAAACAUCUGGACAGCCUCCUUUGUAAAAUUCUAUAAAAGAUGGACCAUAAUCCCAAAAUACAAGCCUUGUCUUGAAGCAGCCUAAGAAACCUAUCAAAAUCAUAAUGAAUGUGUUCAUCUUUAGGAGACCAUUUUUACUGACUCUUCUAUUUCUUAGUCAAAGCUUGGGGUUGGUGCUGACAGUGGACUGAAGCUGAUAUCAUGAUGGCAGAGAGAGACAACUUUUCACCUCUGCAUGGACUGACUGAAUAUCAGUCAGUCAAAGAAGAUGGGAAAAGUGAUCAAAGCAGCAAUGCUCAAACAAACGAAGAAAGUCAAGGAACAAUGCAGCUGAAAAAAGAAAUCUCUCUUCUAAAUGGAGUCAGCUUAAUAGUUGGAAACAUGAUUGGUUCGGGCAUCUUUGUUUCCCCCAAAGGAGUACUGAACUAUAGCACAUCGUAUGGAUUGUCGCUAGUAAUUUGGGCAAUAGGGGGGAUUUUUUCAGUUAUUGGUGCUCUCUGCUAUGCUGAACUUGGAACCACUAUUACUAAAUCAGGAGCCAGUUAUGCAUAUAUCUUGGAAGCCUUUGGAAGCUUCAUUGCUUUUAUACGCCUGUGGACAUCACUACUAAUAAUUGAGCCAACCAGUCAGGCUAUUAUUGCAAUAACUUUUGCUAACUACAUCGUGCAGCCGGUCUUCCCUUCCUGUCAGCCUCCUUAUCUUGCUUGUCGUCUUAUUGCAGCUGCUUGUAUAUGUCUUCUAACGUUUAUAAAUUGUGCUUAUGUUAAAUGGGGAACAAGGGUGCAGGAUGCAUUCACCUAUGCCAAAGUCAUUGCCCUAAUUGUCAUCAUCAUAACAGGAAUUAUUAAACUAUGCCAGGGAUACUCACAACACUUUCAGGAUUCUUUUGAGGGAUCAUCUUGGAACCUCGGAGGCAUUUCUCUUGCACUUUAUUCUGCCUUGUUCUCUUACUCAGGUUGGGACACCCUCAAUUUUGUAACUGAAGAAAUAAAAAAUCCAGAAAGGAACCUGCCUUUGGCUAUUGCUAUAUCUAUGCCAAUUGUGACUAUUAUCUACAUCUUGACCAACAUAGCUUACUAUACAGUGUUGGAUAUUAAUGCUAUCCUUUCCAGUGAUGCAGUGGCUGUGACAUUUGCUGAGGAGGUAUUCGGCAGUUUCAGCUGGACAAUUCCAACUGCUGUAGCCUUGUCUUGUUUUGGUGGACUCAAUGCAUCUAUUAUGGCAUCAUCAAGAUUGUUCUUUGUUGGAUCCCGGGAGGGUCACCUGCCUGACCUCUUGUCAAUGAUACAUAUAGGGAGGUUUACGCCAGUUCCCGCACUUCUUUUUAAUUGUACUAUGUCCCUCAUAUACUUGACUGUUGAAGACGUCUUCCAGCUUAUUAACUACUUCAGCUUCAGUUACUGGUUCUUUGUGGGAUUAUCAAUUGCUGGGCAGCUCUACCUCCGUUGGAAGCAACCAGACCGGCCCAGGCCACUCAAGCUGAGCCUCUUUUUCCCAAUAGUCUUUUGUAUAUGCUCAGUUUUUCUGGUGAUUGUGCCACUUUAUAGCGACACCAUUAACUCUCUGAUUGGCAUUGGCAUUGCACUUUCUGGAAUUCCAGUCUACUUCAUGGGAGUCUCCUUGCCUGUUUCCAAACGACCUCCCAUUAUCAGCAAAAUAGUAGGUGCUGUCACACGAGUUACUCAACUGCUUUGUUACUGUGUUCUGACAGACAUAGAUGCUUAUGAAGAAAAAUUAGAAACCAAGUCUUUAUAAAGAAUGCAGAAGUGGCUAGAAAGGUAAACUGACGGCUCAAGAGAUCGUGAUCUGUCAGAAAGCACCACUGGAUUCUGGAGUUCUUAUUAAAUUGGGAAUUUUGACAGAUCAUGUCAUGAUCUAGGAGUUAUUUGUAAAAAGGCCAGUCCUCUCGGACAUAGAACCCAUCAGGAUUUUUGUCUAAAGAUCAUGAUUCAUAGCAGUGAAACUGAGUGUCUUAAUCAAAGAGCUCAGGUAUCAGAUAAGUUGACAUGACAAGCCACCUCGUUCCCAAGCUCCUGGAAUUUAGAAGUCUCCAACAAUCUUUCCAUUAUAACACUUUCGUUAUUUAUGUGGGGCCGACCUGGUUGGACUGGAAUUCAUGGCAUUGUUGCAUUAAGAGGGCUUGAAUGUGGCAUAAAAGAGAAUGCUGCAUGUUCACCCUUAAGAAUAAACGUCUUCAUCUACAUGAAAGGCAAACUGGAUAGCAAUUAAUGUUCUACGGCUGUUGCCCUCAUAUCCUUCAUGUGAAACUGCUACUGAAUAGUUACAAUGAAUGUAGACUUUUAUGCUGAAGGAAAAACUGGUCAGUUUUUGUUUUGGAGAGCUCAAAUUAUAUUAUGUACUUGCUACCCUAGCACUAUUUUGGUGGGGACUUCAUGUAGGACAAUUGCUUUUGCAGUACAGUGAUUGGCCUUAGCCUCAUCUCUAACUAUGGGAAAAAGAGGUCCUUCCAAGCAACUGUUUCUAUUUAUGAUCUUAUGUGCAUGUCAUGAAGAAAAUUUGCACAUUUUUUUCCUAGAGGUGUCUGAUGCAAAGGAGAUGUUUGCACUAUACAUAUGGAAAACAUAAGUUUUUAUUGAAAAACAAUAGCCACAAAAAAUCUUCACCUUGUAUAUAUGAUUUACUCUUGCAAAUUCUUGUGUCACAGUGGCUUUCCAGUGUAAUUUUCCCAACCUACCUGCAGCAGAUGCACUAGAAACCAGUUCUCUGCACAGAGGCAUCACAUCUCUGUGCCUCCCCAAACAUCAUUCCUAACAGCAUUAAUAGCAGUUAGCAUGCUGGUGGUAGCCUGCCUGUAGGGACUCACCAUAAGCUUUUUCCCUGUGGUGGUACCAGUGCAGCUUUCUGAGGUGUACAGCCAGCACUGAAGCAGUGGGACCAGGCUCUUGGUUGCUGUCAGGGCCAUGAAAAGAAAGUAAAUGUGUAUUGAAAAAGCAGUUCUGGGCAAGGUUCACCCACUCCUCUUAGUGGAGCCUGUAUUUCCUUUUGCAGCCACCCUCAGAGACAGCUAGGUACUUUGUUUUAACAGUGUAGCUAGCUAAGCCUCUCUUGCCUCUCUCUAGUCAGGCUCUUAAAAACAAGGAGCUUGUAAAAGGACAUGGUGGAGAGGAGAGGAUUUCUGUCUCUGCUCCAAUCCUGACAUACUGCUGCCACCACCCAUUCCCACCAGUCUGCCCCUUAGUAAUGUGACACGUACUUCCUGAGGUUUGAUUUUUUUAAAAAAUGUGAUUGUUGAUACAAAGACCAAAUGAUUCCAAUUAGAAUUCUCUUCCCAUAGACAGUUUCUGCCCUUUAGAAUGGCUAGUUAAACCAAUCUUGUAUUAUUAUAUGGCACAACCCUAGAGAAGGGCUGUUUCUCUAAAGGAAAAAUAUUCAGCCUGUAAUUCCAAAGGACUGUGUGGUAAGAGAGAGGAUUCUGCAGAUGUGACUGCACUUCAGAUGUUAGCAUUUUGUUACAGCUGGAUUUAUAAUCUGAUCCAUUUGAUUGGGAACUACUGUGCUUAUUUUUAAAUUGCACUUGUUUUGUGUCCCUGACAUAUUCUGUUUAAACAAAGAAUAGUAAGACAAUUUAGUUUAAAUUGUCAGUUCCACGGUAGACUAAACAGGCCUUUCUGCAGAAUGCCACCUUUCAUCUAUUUCAUAAGACUUAGUCUGCUGAAAACUAUUACUUUUCAUUUACAGAACCGUAACACAACCCUUGAAACACUUGUAUUUCACUUCAGUGUAUGAAGAAGUGGCACUUACCUCAAAAUAUACCACACUCCAGUAUACUGUUAACCAUUUUUGUUUUAUAAAAGACUGAAUUAGUAACUGAUUUGUCCAGUCAGUUGUGAAUGAUGCUGUCUGCUUUUAUACAUCUACAAGGUAUACAAACACUUGAAGGGGGAGGGGAAAAAUAAAAUUUCCACUAUGUGGGAAUAAAGCAGUUUGAUUUAGA